AUUAAGAACAUUUGAACGUAAAAAUUAUUCUCGACUGCCGUCACUGGAUAUUAUGGGCCGCCAAAUGUUCUAAUCCCGUGCGCCGAAGUUAGCGUUAGUUCCCCACCCGCCACCGUAUAAAUUUACAUGUCCUUCACCAAACUACCCUGAUUGAAGAGAAACAAAGUGAAACAUAAUGUCAAUAGGGCUUUCAACUCACCAAAUUAGACCAUUUAUUUCUAAUCCACUUAAAAUCUCCCGCCAUUCUCUCCACCACACCCCACCGAAACAACUCCGCCUCCGCCCAUCGCCACUCAAAUCCCAACCCUCUCACCAGACCAAGACUCAAGACGAUGGCGUUCCCGCCGAUGACGUCAAAAUAAUAGCCAAAUUCAGGUCAAGACACAAUUAUAUCCGUGUUCUAGAAGUUUCCAGAAAAACCGACCACCCUUUUGCAGGCUCUAGACUUCUCCUUCUUGACGGCCCUGGGAACAUCCAGAGCGUUUCCUUUCUCUUCAAGUCACUCACCAACACGUACUUUGAUGUUUUUGCCACUUUACCUCCCAUCCUCCCACCUGGACCAAUAGGUAUUUUGGGUUUCGGGGCGGGCUCCGCGGCCCGUUUGAUAUUAGAAUUGUAUCCAGAAGUUGUUAUUCAUGGGUGGGAGCUUGACCCAUCUGUGAUAAAAGUAGCAAAAGAGUUCUUUGGACUUGUAAAACUGGAAAAAAAAUACCCAGGUAGACUUUUCAUUUAUGUAGGCAAUGCGUUGAAUGCUAGUAUUCGAGAAGGGUUUUCUGGGAUUUUAGUUGAUUUGUUUAGUAAAGGUAGUUUGUUACCGGAACUCGAGGAUCCCAACACGUGGGAGAAGCUGAGGAAAUGUUUGAGAAAAGGUGGGAGGGUUAUGGUUAAUGUUGGAGGUAGUUGUGUGGAGGCAGAGGAUUCAAGAAGAGAUGGGAAGGUUGUUAUGGAGGAUACUUUGAAGGCAAUGCAAAGAGUUUUUGGUGAAAAUCUUUUUGUUCUGCAUCUUGGAAAUAGGAAGGAUGAUAGCUCAAUUGCGCUUACCGGUGAAUUGCCUGAUCUUGUUGCAUGGAAAAAGGCACUACCGCACUCUUUGAAGUACUAUGUUGAUAUGUGGAUCCCAUUUAGCGAAUAGUAUGUUUCCUGCUUCUUUGAAGUGUUUUGUGUUCAUAAUAAAGGUUAACUGACGGUCUGCUACUGCUACGUAUCUCCUUCCCUCCCAUGAUGAGUGGUUUUCAGGCUAAGUUGGCAGCAGCAAUCCUGGUGGUAUUUCUGGUGGUGAAUACUAGUGCAUUACUGCUAAAUGGUUGUGAGAAGAGCUUGUCCUGUCAUGGAAUCAUCUCAAGGAAGACAUUUCCAGGAAAAGAAGGUAGCUUAGGAAGUGAAAAUGUGGGAUUUCUGUGGACAAAGAAAGUGGGCUUUCGGGAAUUGAGAGCCAUCAUCCGACAGUCUCCACCUCCUCCUGCUAUAGGCAGACGAUCGGCAUUUAAUUCACGUGCACCUCCUCCACAAACAUUGUAGUGCUUUCCUAUUCAUGCUGAUUCCAGCAGUGUUCAAUAAUUCAACUCGGUAGUUGCAACAAAGAAAUUAGUGUAAUAACAGGAUGUUUAGCUUAUGGACAUGCUCAUCUUUUGAUCGUA